ACAUUGGGGUAUUUCCUCUCACAUUCAUCAGCCUCCUUUAGGUGUAUCAUUAUUUUUAAUGUGUUCAGGUUUAUAAUAACAACAUUCUCUUCUGCAGCUAUGCUUUUCACAGACUUAAUGUGGAUUCAAUAUUCAGUUCAUCGAGCAUUUUUUUUCCUCUUUACUUCUUGGCUGGCUAGAUUUGAUCAUGAAUUAUUUUUAAGAAUGGCUCCUGGGCCUAAUGUUUUCUGACUUCUUACAUCGUCAUUUUGUUCUAUUUAUCAUUUUGUGCUGCAAUGACAGGUUGUUGGGACAUAAUAUUCUGGGUAUCCCUUUCUUAACCCAGACCUUUGCAGACAUUGCACCCUUGUAUCUGGUGUGAAAUAAAUUCUGGAGAAGUCAGAGGCUAGUCUGAUUUUUUUUCUCCAUAUGGAUGACUUGCUUUUUAUUCCUUAGAUGAGUGAAUAAUUCUUUCUUAAUAAUUGAGUUCAAAAACCUAAUGUAGAUAUAACUUGAUUUAAAUUGUUCUUAUUAAUUAUUACUAAAACUUAGGAAAUUUUUUGAAAACACAGGUUUUGCAUAUAAUUGGUAUUUUUUUUUAAUCUUGUUUUGGGAUCUAUUACACCUUUCCAGAAGUGAAUUUAUUUCCUUUUAAACUACCUCCAAUUCAGUAUGUUGUGUGGCAAAAAUCAAGCGCUCUUGGCGAUGUUUUCUGAUCUGUUGUGAUCCAGUGAACCUGGGUGUUGGGUGGGCGUUUUCACUGCUUUGGCUAGUUGUAUCACUUUCAUCUGAGAUAUAUUUUCUUUCUUACAGUUUAAUGCUCUAAAUAUUAGAGGGAAUUAUUGAAUAUUCUCAGGGUUUGCUGACAGUUUUUUUUUUUUUUUUUUUUUCUGUAGAUAAUGACUCUGGGAAGUUAGGCUAGGAUUGGAAUCAUGCAUGGGACUCUCCUCUGUGUUUUUCCUUGGUCGUGAACUUUACCAAUUUUUAACAUUCACCUUUCCCAGAGAUUUAAGUCAUUUCCUUGACAUUGCUAAUGACUGUUUCUGACUUUUAAUAUUUUGUAUUCAUUUUAUUAGUACUGGGAGGACUAUUGAGUGGCCUGAAUUAAUUUGAUCAUAUUUCUUCAGAAGUUCUGCCUGUAGAGUAUAUUUAUAUAUUAAUUAACCUUUUACAAAUAAUAAAGAGCGUUACAUCUUAAGGAUUUUUCCCUGUUAUUAUUCAAUAAAUGAUUAAUACCAGGAGAGACUUUAAUUUGUGGUUAAUGUUUACUAAGUGACUUGCUCAAAAACAUUAGUUAGUAGGCAGCAUACAUAGUAAUCAGAUGCAGUUCUUUGGGCUUAAUGUCAAGUUCAGCACAGUUUUUACUAUGCUUUUCAUUUUUCACUCUUCUGAUAGGGUACACAUGUAUAUAUGUCAGUGAAAAGAUGUUUAUAGUUUGUUAUGUGUUCUUCCAACAAAGUGUGAUGUUCUGUCUUACAGCUCAAAUGAUAAGGUACAUGAAAGAGACCCAAGGUGGGAACCAAACAGAAGUAACAGAGUUUAUUCUCUUAGGACUCUCGGACAACCCAGAUCUACAAGUUAUCCUUUUUGUAUUGUUUCUUUUAAUCUAUAUGGCUACUAUGGUAGGCAAUUUGGGAAUGAUCAUGCUGAUUAAGGUUGAUUCCUGUCUCCACACUCCCAUGUACUUCUUCCUCAGCAGCCUCUACUUUGUUGAUGCCGCCCACUCUUCUUCUGUGACUCCCAAGAUGCUGAUGAAUCUUGUGACUGAGGGUAAGGCCAUUACUUUCAAUGGACGUGCUGCCCAGUUCUACUUCUUUGGUUCGUUCCUUGGGACUGAGUGCUUCCUGUUGACCGUGAUGGCGUAUGACCGCUACUCAGCCAUUUGGAAUCCCCUGCUAUACCCAGUUCUCAUGUCUGGGAGAAUUUGCUUCAUACUAGUGGCAACCUCAUUCCUUGCAGGCUUUGGGAAUGGAGCCAUUCACACAGGGAUGACUUUUAGAUUGUCCUUUUGUGGAUCUAAUCAAAUCAACCAUUUCUACUGUGAUAUUCCAUCUCUGCUUGAAAUCUCUUGUUCUGACAUCUACAUCAAUGGCAUUGUUACCAUGGCUUUCUCCACUUUUGAUGUCAUCAGCUGUGUUGUUACUGUCCUUUUUUCCUACCUGUGUAUCCUCGUCGCCAUCUUGAGAAUGCCCUCAGUAGAGGGCAGGCACAAAGCCUUCUCUACCUGUGCCUCCCACCUCACUGCUGUCACCAUAUUCUUUGGGACGAUUCUUUUCACUUACUUGCGCCCAACAUCUAGCUACUCAAUGGAGCAGGGCAAGGUUGUCUCUGUCUUUUAUACUGUGGUGAUCCCUAUGCUGAAUCCCCUCAUCUACAGUUUGAAAAAUAAGGAUGUGAAAGAGGCCCUAAAGAAGGUCUUACAGAAAACCAUACUGUGA